AUGUCCUUGCAUGAUCGUGUUUAUCGUUCUUUAGGUGAAGAAUCAUGGCCGACGUUCUUGAAGAUGCCCAGCCAGGGUCCAAUUGCAUUUAAGACCCGAAACCAACGUCUUGUACGAAAGAGGAAGUGGGUACAUUGGAUUGGUUGGCUGGUCUUGGUGGUUACAGUUAUUGAGACUUACUCACAUCUCGCUGCCUGCCCCAAAAUAUCCCUUUUACGAUGGUUUGGUUCUUCGAACAGUUCUUCUGUUCUUCGACCAGGCCAAUACAAGGAAUCUGGAGGCUAUCGAUACCUUCCAACCAGUCCAGAUGGAGAAGGGAGAGGUGUAGACGAGAUGGGCAGCGUUCAUGACUUGAGUGGAAUCUUCUCAUGGCUCACACAGAUCUACGAUGGUUACAGAAACGAGCAAUUCUACCUCGGUGGAACUUUGACUCUAACUAGUUCGGCGUCUCUGCUUCCCGACGCUCCCCACCCCGUCCCCUCGAUCUAUGACCCCUACCCUCCAUACAACAGCAGGAAGUGGCGAAACACUCAUCAUGGCCACUUCCGAGCUUGCUUGGGGCCGCGUGGUCGUGACCUUGAUCGUACUCGACUGGAGGAUAUGAUCAUGGUGUACAAAGGAAACCAAGCCGAAUUUCCGCAAUCCAGCUUUGGCUCGCACGAGGCAAUGGAUCUGGACGGAGAUGUCUGCACGGACCGAUACUCUCGUUUUGGUGCCUAUGGCUAUGAUGAAGAGAAUAAUGAUGAGAUUCCCGGUUUCUCUAGGCCGCCUCCAGUGAAUUGGUUCGAGUUGGACUGGUACAAUCUGCAAACUCUUUGCUUUAAAAGAAAUGCAGAUCGGUACUUGCAUGAUUGCUCGACGAACGAUACAAGCCAACGGCCUCUCUCUUUUGAGUUGAGGGAGCCCCCAAAGAAGGUCGGUGAUGUGGAGAUGAUCGCUGACUCCUCGAGAACGAAACGGCAUCAACCUCGGUCUGCUGUUCUCAUCCGAGCAUGGGACAAUAUGGUCUGGACGACCAAUCACCGCGAAUACCUUCGUGCAUUGAUCAUGGAGCUUUCUUUGCACUCUGGUGGCGAGUAUGAAGUAUUUCUAUUGGUUCAUGUCAAGGACGACGAUCUCCCGAUAUUCUCGGACCGAAAAACAAUAGAAGAUCUGCGUAGAUCUAUCCCAGUGGAGUUCCGGAAUAUGGCUUUGUUCUUCAACAAUAAGUUGUUGGAGGCGUGGUACCCCAAGAUUAAUGAGCAUAGUCCAAAGUUACAGCAUCAUCAAGCAUUGCAGAUAUUCUCACAGCUGUACCCCAACUUUGAGUACUACUGGCAACUCGAGAUGGACGGCCGCCACACGGGACAUAUUUACCAAUUCCUCGAGAAAUCGGCUGCAUUCGCAAGGCAGCAGCCUCGUAAGUUCUUAUGGGAAAGAAACGCCUACUUCUAUACUCCCGGCGCUCACGGCCCCUGGAAGAACUUCACCCAAAUGGUCGAUGCAAGCCUCUCCGUUAGGCCGGAAGCCACAGUCUGGGGCCCCAUAUACGGUACAGGAAUUCGACCUCUCGGCCCCGAACCACCAGUGGAGAGUCCGUUGAAUGACACCUACUCCUGGGGCGUCGGUGAAGAAGCCGAUCAUAUCACCUUCCUCCCUAUCUUCAACCCAAAAGACACACGAUGGACCUUCCCUGAUAAAAUAUGGAACUUCAAAUAUGGCCUCGAGACGCCCCGCCGAGCAGCAGUCAUCACCAUGGGCCGGUACUCCCGCCGUCUCCUUGACAUGAUUCACCAUGCACAAGCUACACGUGGCCUGGGUCUUGCGUCAGAAAUGACAGGCGCGUCAUGGGCACUCUUCCACGGCCUCAAGGCCGUGCAUGUUCCACACCCGAUCUAUGCAGAUGGCCAGUGGACGCCACAUGAGCUAGCAAGAAUCUAUAAUCGGGGACCACCGGAGAAUAUGAAUGGAGGACCAGACAGUAUUUGGAACUGGGAUCAUCUAUAUGACCACAUCAUGUAUCGGCUUUCGUACAUGUUUACGACGCAUACGGGAGAGGACUUGUACAGGCGAUGGCUUGGGUACCGGACUGCAGAGAAUGAAGGUGGGAAAAAGUCGAUCGAAGCUCGCUAUGGCCGACCUUGUUUCCCAUCAAUGUUCUUACACACCGUCAAGAACACUGACCGAAUAAUUGGAUCAGACCAAGCUGUUCCCACUUAA